UUACUUAAGGCGUCCACCGCCGGCCACCUGCUGGCUAGCUUGACCAAAAAUAAACCCGGCGCCGACGACGACGCCACAAUGAUGGCCGGCCGGCGAAGCGCCCACGUCGACGCCGCCGUCAUCGCCGCCGCCGCCCUCCUCCUCCUCGCCGCGACGGCGGCGGAGGGCGCCGUGUCCAGCUGGGAGUCCAACUCCGACGAGGACUACCACAUCUUCGUGGACAACCGCAUGUCGGACAACAUGCACCUGAGCUGCUACGCCGUGCAGGGCGGCGGCCGGAGCGAGUUCUACCACAGCUUCCGCGCCGACCCCGGGAGGGAGGUGCAGCUGCCGUACCUGCAGCCGGCGCCCAACGCCCGCCUCGUCUGCAAGUGGGCGUGCGCGGGGAACUACCUGAAGGGCGUCACCCUCUUCAGCUCGUCGUGGCGGGAGGCCACCUCCGGCGAGUGCCGCCGCCGCGGCGGCGGCUGCAACAUGGUGUUCGACGGGCACGAGAUGUUCGUCGACGGCCGCUCGGGCGGCGGCGGGAGGAGGCUGCUCGGCGACCUGCCGCAGCACGAGUGCCAGAAGAUGCUGCUGGUGUUCAACCGCCGCUGCUGGUUCAAGUCGCACCGCCACCCCUACGUCGGCCGCGCCAUGAACGGCCUCACCGACUACCUCAUGGCGUAGCACCCAUGCAUGCACACACAAUUACUCCCUCCGUUUCAUAUCAAACUAGCCAUCUUAAUUUUGAUCAAAUUUAUGAAAAAACAUAGCAACAUUUUUCAUAUCAAAAUAUAUUUACGGUUAGAUUUAACAAAACUAAUUUGAUGUUUUAGAUGUUGCUAUUGUUUUCUAUAAACUCAAUAAAAAAUUUUAAAAAAUUAAUUAGGAAAAAGAUCAAGCAUCUUAUAUAAUAUGAAACGGAGGGAGUAACUAAUACGUAUACGUGUAUUCUUACACAUGUACGUACGUAUAUAUGGCAGCGGACGGUUUCGAUGAUGUGUAUGUAUGUUGAUUGAUUCCUGUCAAAUUAAUUUCUAGAGGAUUAAGCCUUAGAAGGUGAUCACGGUCGAUGUACUUUGAAUUUUGACGAAUUAAUUAAUUUAAAUUGUAAAGGUGGUGAAAUUUUUUGA